GCUCUCGACCUGCGCUGGCUGAGAGCGUCCGGCAUGCGCAACAACGGAGCAGUCCAGGUUCUCGACCAUCGCUCGCCGAGAGCGUCCGGAACGCGGGAAGGCGGAGCAGUCCAGGUUCUCGACCUUCGCUCGUGGAGAGUGUCCGGAACGUGGGAAAGCUGAUCAGUCCAGGUUCGCGACCAGCGCUCGCAGAGAGUGUCCGGAACGGAGGAAACCGGAUCAGUCCAGGCGAAUCCGGACCAGCCCGGCAGCCGUCGCCGAAGCGGUCCAAGCGGCGGCCCUCCAACGGUAGAGAACGGGCAAGAGGUCCUCGCGUCGUUCUACUGCCGAAGGCCAAGGUGAAGCCGGAAAAGCUGGCGGUGCCGGUGAAGGAAGGCGCCGGAUCUCAGAAGAAGGCCAUCUCCGAAGCGAUUUUAAGGGCUUCGGAGGCCUUGCGAAAGCUGGCGGAAAUCGACAACAGAGCUUCCUUCGCCACUACACGGUCACGAUCCCGGUCGAGGAAGCAGGCGAUGCUUCGAGGUUUCAUUCUAGCAGCUGCCAUGGAGAGUCGGGAGCCUGGACGCACCGGUCACGAACUGGAAGUGGUCAAUGUUCACAUGGCCGGCCGUGCCCAGCGCCGUGUCGCUCGACAUGCCGCAGCGGCCCGACUGGACCAGGUCCCAGCAGCCGUGAUCUCGGAGGCAGUCUCUGUGGAGGAACCAUUCCAGGCUGUGGUCUCCAGUGAUGAGGAGGUGAUCCUGGCAUCUGCAGACGUCCAGCUGCAAAGAGCGCACCGCAGACUGCCUGAACGUUCUAGAAGCAGGCUCCGUGCCCCGGCGAGCAUCGGCCAAAGCGCUGUGGUGGAGCUGGAUCCGCCUGCAGCCGGCUUCGUCAGAAGUGACUUGCCCAGCUUCUACGUCCACAUCUUUGAAUAUGGCGACAUCGCAAGAUGUUGCAGUGCUUGUAGGGAGUUUUUCCUCCCAGGACAGUUGCGUCUUGGGUUUCUACCAGAAAUAGCAAGAGAAAAUGAUGCUGAUGCAUCAGUUUGGCUGCAUGCGCCGCGCUGCAUCCGACGAUCGAAUUUUGCAGUGACCUUGACAGAGACGCUUGCUUUCGCAGCGAGCCUCCCCGAUGCUGUUCGUGCCAGGGUGAUGGAGGAACUGGGUGCUUCGAAUGCGCGGCAGAGCCAGGCCCGCUGGCCAGGCUCUGCACAAAACAGCGGCGCUCUGGCCACCAGGACAAGGCCAUGGCGCUUGCAGCUCCAGCAAGGUCUUCAUGAGGAGGCCGAGGCCCCCGGCACGGCGAGGGAGGCCCGAGAGCCACUGGAGCCCUGGUCCUUGGUGCGGGUGCCGCUACCGGUGGCGCGCUCCGAGCCUGCAUCGAGGCCUGGCCUCGCGGCCCGUGCUGCGCGCUCCGCGCUCACAGCAGGCCUGGAGGCGCGAUGGGCCGCGAUUGAUGCCCAGCUGAACCGAGCCGAGAGCACCGAGGCCGAGAUUGAGCCGGCGGAUACCUUCGCGCAGAGACAGGUGGCCAGGGUCGAUGAAGAAAUGAACGAUUUGCUCACGUUGGUUCCUUGUCAAAAGCUGGAGGCUCGUUGCGAGGAGCCGUGUGCGGUGUGUUACGAAGAUAUGACUUCCGGCGACGACGUGCGGCGGCUUCCUUGUUUGCACUACUUCCACAUGGCCUGCAUUGACAAGUGGCUUCGCGUCAAGGUUGCCGAUGAUGGCUACCACAUUUCGUCUGAAGACGCUCCCAGGGAUCAGACGCCAGGUGCGAGAUCGGAGGAUGCCCAGGUGAACAUCUCUGCCAGCCCUCCUUUGUACAUCGUCGGUUCCUUCAACGACUGGAGCGCUGACGCAGAGCUGAUGCAGGAGGGAAGAGCUGCAGUGACAAUCCGAUCGAGUGCGCCCAUGGGUAGCAGCAAAGGUAUGCAGAAGGAAGAGUUCCAAAUUCUGGAAGACGGCAGCUGGGAGAAGCGCCUCUUCCCGGCGGGCGGCAAUUCUGAAACCGUGGUGGUGCUUAAGCCGGGGAGGUUCUCGCAGGCGGAGCGGAGCUCGGCUGAGAACCCCGGUCAUGGACGGAACUGGGCAGUCGAGGGCAAGCCUGGGGCAAGCUUCCGCAUCGUGUACAAGACAGCUAGCGGAAAUGUCACCUGCGAGCGCGCUUGA